GGUAUUUACUCUACGUAUGCAGAAGCUCGAAGAAAGUUAAACGAUCUGCAGUACCAUUCGGAUGUCAACUCUGAAGCUGAAAUGAACACAAGAAAACGAAAUCGUCUUCCGCCUAAACGUUUUUGCGAGGAAUCGUCCGAUGAAUCUGAUGGGGACAAAAACCAAAAUGUACCCCCCUUCCCUCCUGAAAAGUCUGGAGAAAAGGGACGCCAUGGUAGUCUAUCACAAAGGAACUCCGCAGAGCAUGUAGGAAAAUCGAAAAAAAGGAGGCCACCUCCUUUGCUGGAAGAAACUGACGAGGAAGACCUUUUGCUAGAUGUGCCACCUGUGCCACCUGACUUUCCAUCGCAGUGUCCAUCUUCCUCUAACCUGCAGUACUCAGGAGAGCAAAGCCAGUGCCCACCUUCUUUGCCAAAUGAAAAUCCCGAGGAGAACAAUGGACCUGGUAUCACAGCUUCACAGGGAGUGUUCACAGAGCAUGUAGCAAGAUCAAAAAAAAGGAAGUCACCUGCUCUACGAAACAAAGAGGAUGACAUUUUGUUUGAUGUACCUCCUGCUCAGCGUAACACCUCACACCUGACUUCCAGCAACUCUCAAUGCCCUGGUGACUCUACGAUAAUGUCUGAAAUAAUGCCUACCGAGAUACACAGGAUCCCGCCCUUCGAGCAACGGACGUCUCAAGAAGAGUGCAACAAGCAGAUUUUACGGCUACUUCAUGUGCUGCGACUCACACAACAGCAGCACGGGGAGAUUCUCCAGGAGCUCUGCAAACAACGUGUCGUCAUUAAUGAGGCUACAGAGAUGCCCCUGCUUGUCGAGUCGCCAUUCACCCUUGUUGAGACUUUGGAAGCGUUUAACACCUCGUUGGAUGAAAUCAAAGAAAGACGCCUAGUGAAGGAGUUGGCCCAACUUGGGGGAAAUGACGUAAGAGUUGCCACACGAAGAAUGCUGGGAUACCUGAUGAAAGAUGAAACCGCAGCAGAGUACAGCUGGCUUGGCAAGAAAGGGAAAAGGAAGUUUGCAUUUUUGAAGUUCCCACAAGUGAUCGUCAAGGCGAUUAGGAUGAACAAGAACAUGAGCAUGGCAACACAGGAUGAAGUAGAAAGCACAAUCAAGACUUGGUUACGUCACGCAAAGGAGAGAUGUGGUAACAAGUCAGCCCCGGAUGAUUAAUGGUUCCUGUCGCAACAGCAAGUAACUGGACAGUUGUGUUUUUGCCAGUGAGCGAGUAGCCUGGUGUCUCCCACAUGCACCGUAUCAUCACCACAUGAAGCACCAUACUUGAAAUUGCAAUUUUAAUGUACAUUUGUUUUUCGCGUAAGCUAAGCUUUUAUAUUCUUGCACUUAACAAUUUUUCCACUUUUGUAUUUUGUAGAGGGUUUAGCAGCAACAGGUGUUCCUGCUAGAGUGUUAUUUAACUGCCUUUAAGACAUUCAGUCAAAAGUUGUCAUUGCUCUUUCAACAAGUAAGUUGGUGGUGUGCACGUUGGUGCGAGUGACGUAUGGCUUGAUAUUGUAUCAACUUUUAUGAGAAGAAAAGCUUUACAUUUCAGUGUCAUUCACAAGCUGUGAUAUUUUUAUGCCACCGUUGCCUUUCCUUUUACUGACAAAGAACAUGUUAUAAACAUUCUGAUAACCAUAUCAUUGUGUCUGUGAUACAGGCUGUGCCUGUGGGAUUUUGGUCACUAGUUAAAAGUAUUUUUGUAUUCUUAAAGCUGGUUGUUGCAAUGUACAGCAUAACCUGCUGUUCCUACUGCUUUCUGUACCUUAGGCAGAGUAUGCCAAAUAUGUGAUGUUUUGUUUUUACCUCUCUUUUGUAGUGCAAUUUUGUAAUGUUUUCAGUAUGUUUAAUGCAGGCCCAGUCCAAAAUAUCCUGCUUGUUCAGCUGGACCUCUGUGUGUUGAGGCUCAGCUAGUUCACUUUUUUUGGAACAUUGCAUUCACUAUACAGAUAUAUUCAUUGCUAUCCUUACUAUGUUACUACGAGGUAGUGUACGUUUGUGUCACGGUUAAACCAGAAAUGCUUAGUACUUGUAGUGUAUUGAAGUAUAUAUGUUCAUGCUCUCCGAAUGCUAGUCUGUGAAGCUACAGUGUUUUCUAUGCUGCAUUUUUAAGUGCCAACCUGCGUUGAAGUGAAAAUUUAAGUGUGUUCUGGAGCACAAAUUUCCUGAAACCUUUGUAUUGAGCAUUGUCGUUUUCAUGCUAUAUUUUUGUACGGA